AUGCUCGAGGGAGGAAAAUAUUAUCGUAAUGAGGUCCCCAUCAAGACCAUCACGGUAGAUGAUGGAGACAUCUAUGAUUGCAUGAAACUUGAUAGUCAUCCUCGAAAGCGGAACCCUUCGAUUUUAAGAAAGAUACAGUCGAGGGGAAAGCCUUCGCUACCUGGAACAGUAACAACAGCUAACGAUUCUGUUAAUGAAUUGACGAGGAUCAGGCGGAGAAAGGCGGGAGCAUUCACAAAAGUAAGCUGCCCACCAGGAAGUUUUCCGGUUCUCAAGGCCACCAAAGCAGGGCCGCUAAAUUUCAGUGCCAUAGAAAGUUUUGCAAGUUUACGUGCCAGAUCGUUUCUCAAAUCAAAAACCACAAAGCCGCUCGUUGAUGACGUUUCUCAGCCAAGACGUGAGUAUGCAACAGCUUCGGUAACCGGAAGUUAUAGAGGCGGCGAAGGAACUUUGAGUAUUUGGCGACCUAGGCUUGAGGACGAUAGUGAGAUGAGCAUAUCACAAAUAUGGGUUUUAAAUAGUACGCCGAAUGACUUUUCGAUGUCACUGGAAGCAGGUUGGAUGGUCAAUCCUAUGUUAUAUGGAGAUAGAAGAACGCGGUUUUUUGCCUUCACCACGAAUGACGAUUACAACACAGUUCUCUAUAAUGACGACUAUAGAGCACCACCAAACAAUCGUCUGGAGUUCACAAGAACGGAUGAUUAUAUGCCCUUCGGUAAGCAACUUGAUUGUUCAACUAUCGAUGGGGAUAACACUGAACUUGAAAUCAUCAUCAAACAGGACGAAGAUCAAGACUGGGAGCUUUGGGUGGAUGAUACCAUGAUCGGCUUUUGGCCAAAAUCAAAUUACAGAAAACGCUAUGCAAACAAAAUUGUAUGGGGAGGUGAGAUAGUGAAUGAGCGGACAAGGGGAAGGCACACGUCAACCCAGAUGGGGAACGGCCAUUUCUCGAGCGAACCGAUAGGGAGGGUUGCAUACACAAGUAACAUGGCCAUAUACGACCUCGACCUGGAUUGUUAUGAUGCUCCCGAAGAGAUUGAUGUAUACGUCCCCCAGCCUGACUGCUAUGAUCUCGAAUAUUACCAAUCUGACGAUGAUGAUGACUAUGGCCAGCAUAUAACAUUCGGUGGGCCCGGUUAUGAUAGAAUAAAAUGUCCUUGA